AUGUUUGAUCGUCCCCGAGAUCAGAUCCUAUGUCGAAGAAGAAGAAGGCUAUCUCAGAAAGUCAGUGAAGAAGAAUGUGGAAGAUGGAGGGAGGAGUUCAGUGGAGGAGAUUGCGAGAGAGUUUUUGAGAGAUUAUCACAACAAGAAACAUGA